UUGCUUCUCAGUAAUGACCUAUUAGGCUAUAGCCUAUUACAGAUAUACAAAGGUCACCACCCCAAACGAGAAGCUCAAUGAGAUCGAAGCGAGUGUCGCCUAUAUUACCAUCUCACGUGCAACAUACUGUAGCUACUCUUGAUUAGCAUCUUUAAAAGCUCUCAACUUUCUUCAUUGGGAUGAGAAAAGGGUGAGUUUGUUUGGUCUUUUGGGUAAUGUUGUGCUUCAGUUCUUUGGUGUGAGCUUGUGUGCUACCGGCCUAUAGCUAGCUUAUGCCUUCCGGCCAAGACACUGACUGAGGAAAUAAGGGAGCGAAGCAACGAGGAAGUGUGUUUGAGUGACAGUAAGAGAGAGAAAAAGAGAUGGCCUUAGAAGCUGUAGUUUUCCCAACAUUAGAUCCAUUCAGUUAUGGCUGCAAGGGAGGCGGAUGGAGCUAUGACUUUGAUCUACAAGAAGAAGAUAAAGCUCUUCUUGGGAUUCUCGGCAAUAACACAGAGCCAGGCUCCCAUGGAAAUUGGGACUCCUCAUCUCCUUCGGUGAUGCAAAAUGCGAUGGAGUGGGAUCAUAAUUCUUCGCCCGAGGCAUGCACAGGCGAUCAAUCUCUUGCCGGCGUGUUCCCUCCGACUGAAGAGCCUCCAUCCACUUCCACAACAGGUCGGCGCAAGAGACGACGCACCAAAAGCUGCAAGAACAAAGAAGAAGUGGAGAAUCAAAGGAUGACCCACAUUGCAGUGGAGCGCAACCGCCGGAAACAGAUGAAUGAGUAUCUCGCCGUGCUCCGAUCUUUGAUGCCGCCUUCUUACACUCAAAGGGGAGAUCAAGCAUCAAUCAUUGGAGGCGCCAUUAAUUUCGUGAAGGAGCUGGAGCAGCUACUGCAGUCCCUGGAGGCCGAGAAGAGCAGUAAGCAACAAACCAACAAUUCGGUCUCUUCCCCCUUUUCCAAUUUCUUCACGUUCCCGCAGUACUCAACUCGUGCAACACACUGCACCAAAGACUCUAUGAUGGGUGACAACCGGUGGGCUGUGGCCGACAUAGAAGUCACCAUGGUGGAGAGCCACGCCAAUAUAAAGAUACUUUCUAAAAGAAAAACUAAACAGCUCUUGAAGAUAGUGGCCGGGUUUCAGAGUCUUAGCCUCACCAUUCUCCACCUUAAUGUUACUACAUUUGAUCAAAUGGUGCUAUAUUCACUCAGUGUGAAGGUUGAGGAGGAGUGCCAGCUGACUACAGUCGAUGAAAUCGCGGCAGCCGUUAAUCAGAUGCUAAGAAGAAUUCAAGAAGCUGCUGCUUUGAAUUGAGCUAAUGACAUCAGUAAUUGGAGUUAUAAUCUGCCUCUGAGAGGAUGGAUUCCUUUUCAUCUUACCUUUUUGUUUUCUAAGUAUUUGAAGAGAAGCCUGUAUGCAACAUAUUUGCCAUUUUUAGUGCAUGUUCCCCUGUUGGAUAUGGACUAUAGUUUGAAGGUGAAAGGAGCUCAUGUACUGCCUAGAACCCGUGAGGAACAUGCUCCACAUGUACGCGGAAUUGAGAAUCCAAUUCACGAGGUUUGCAGACCACAUGGCUCUUGUAGCCAAAAGCUCCAAACUAAGCCAUCCUACCAUGCACAGUGUGUUAUAUAUAUAUAAAGGACUUGUAUGGGGAGACGGGUUGGUUGGAUUUUUCUAGUGCAAUAUUAUUUUCUUGCAGUCCUGAAAAUGUUUA